UGUAGUGAGAGACCGCUGAGUAAACUACCUAGAGAUGACAGGACUUGAGAUGGGUCCUGAAGAAUGGAUAGAAUUUGCUUGGACAGAAGUCUACCAGAGAAGCUCUGAACAACAAAAAUAUCAAGUCAUUGUUGAAUACCUUCAGCCAGUUACCUGGAAGUGAAAAUGAAAAAAAAUGUACCCUUGACCAAGCUUUCAGAGGUGUUCUAGAAGAAGAAAUUAUAAAUCACUCAUCGUGUGAAAAUGUUUUAGCUAUUAUUUCUCUUGCUAUUGGGGGAGUAACUGAAGGUAUUUGCACCGCGUCUACACCUUUUGUAUUGUUGGGAGAUGUUUUGGAUUGUCUCCCUUUGGAUCAAUGUGACACAAUAUUCACUUUUGUGGAAAAAAAUGUUGCUACUUGGAAAUCAAAUACAUUCUAUUCUGCUGGGAAAAAUUAUUUACUACGUAUGUGCAAUGAUCUCUUAAGAAGAUUAUCAAAAUCCCAGAACACAGUUUUCUGUGGACGAAUUCAACUUUUUUUGGCCAGGCUUUUCCCUUUAUCUGAGAAAUCUGGUCUUAAUUUGCAGAGUCAGUUUAAUCUGGAAAAUGUCACUGUUUUCAAUACCAAUGAGCAGGAAAGCACCUUGGGUCAGAAGCACGCUGAAGAUAGAGAAGAAGGAAUGGACGUAGAAGAAGGUGAAAUGGGUGAUGAUGAAGCUCCAACAACUUGCUCCAUUCCAAUUGAUUACAACCUGUACCGCAAAUUCUGGUCCCUUCAGGAUUACUUCAGGAACCCUGUGCAAUGCUAUGAGAAGAUUUCAUGGAAAACUUUUCUCAAGUACUCAGAAGAAGUUCUGGCUGUUUUCAAGAGUUAUAAAUUAGAUGAUACUCAGGCCUCAAGAAAAAAGAUGGAAGAAUUAAAAACAGGAGGAGAACAUGUAUAUUUUGCAAAAUUUUUAACAAGUGAAAAGUUGAUGGAUUUACAACUGAGUGACAGUAACUUUCGCCGACACAUCCUACUGCAGUAUCUCAUUUUAUUCCAAUAUCUCAAGGGACAGGUGAAAUUCAAAAGUUCAAACUAUGUUUUAACUGAUGAGCAGUCACUCUGGAUUGAAGAUACUACAAAAUCAGUUUAUCAACUGCUAUCUGAAAACCCACCCGAUGGAGAAAGAUUUUCAAAGAUGGUAGAGCAUAUAUUAAACACUGAAGAAAACUGGAACUCAUGGAAAAAUGAAGGCUGCCCAAGUUUUGUGAAAGAAAGAACAUCAGAUACUAAGCCAACCAGAGCAGUACGAAAGAGAACAGCACCAGAGGACUUCCUGGGGAAAGGGCCCAACAAAAAGAUUCUGAUGGGAAAUGAGGAGUUAACAAGGCUUUGGAAUCUCUGCCCUGAUAAUAUGGAAGCUUGUAAAUCAGACACAAGAGAAUAUAUGCCAACUUUGGAGGAAUUCUUUGAAGAAGCCAUUGAACAGGCAGACCCGGAAAGCAUGGUUGAAAAUGAAUAUAAGGCUGUGAACAAUUCAAAUUAUGGUUGGAGAGCCCUGAGACUGUUAGCACGGAGAAGCCCUCACUUCUUCCAGCCAACCAACCAGCAGUUCAAAAGUUUGCCAGAAUAUCUUGAAAACAUGGUAAUAAAGCUAGCAAAGGAAUUACCACCUCCUUCUGAAGAAAUAAAAACAGGUGAGGAUGAAGAUGAGGAAGAUAAUGAUGCUUUACUGAAGGAAAAUGAAAGCCCUGAUGCUCGCCGAGACAAACCUGUAACAGGGGAACAAAUAGAGAUAUUUGCCAACAAAUUGGGUGAACAAUGGAAGAUUCUGGCUCCCUACUUGGAAAUGAAAGACUCGGAAAUUAGACAGAUUGAGUGUGAUAGUGAAGACAUGAAGAUGAGAGCUAGGCAGUUACUAGUUGCCUGGCAAGAUCAAGAGGGAGUCCAUGCAACGCCUGAGAAUCUGAUUAAUGCACUGAAUAAGUCUGGAUUAAGUGACCUUGCAGAAAGUCUAACUAAUGACAAUGAGACAAAUAGUUAGCUUUUUUUUUUUUUUAUUAAAACUGUGAUAAGAUUUUGUUACCAAGCAGCAUUUGUUAAGAGGUCCACUGGUUUUGGUAAACAAUAAACAUUUUUAUAACA